UGAUAAUUGUGUGUCCUCGCAGUGCUAGACGUAAAAAUGUCUUGUGAUUGAAAACAUAUUAUUUUGUAUUAAUCACCUUUUUUUUCAGGUUUAAUAUGGAGAACGGAUUCGAUUUAAACGCGUUAUUGACGAAUUAUGGACAUCUCCAUAAAGUCAAACCACAACAAUUUACAAGUGUAUCCAAUGGCGUUAAAAAACGUCUUGAGACCACCAUAAAGCGCAGACAGAGCUGUCGACUGACUAUUUUUGAUCGACUUAGAAAUUUACCUCAAAAUAGUCCAGUACCAAAAAUAACUAAAGAAGAGAAACUGAAACAAAAAGCUGAAGAGAGAAAGUUGCAACUCGAGAAAUGGAAGCAAGAAAAAGAAAAAAACAAAAAGCAUGCUGCUGCUACUAAAAAAAAGCCAUUUGUUGUAGGUGCUGUAAGGCCUCCACCUACAUUGGAGCAGUUACCAAAAAUUAUGCCUAGCACAUCAGGUAGAGUUACAAGAUCACAAGUAAAGAAAACAACUAUAACUAAACAGGCACCAUCCAAAACAAGGAAAUCAUUUGCACCUGAGAAUGCAACUUUUUGCCCUCCUAUUAUUAAAGGACUGGAAGAAAUGCCUGUCUUGAUUUUGCCAUCUUCACGGAAAGGAAAAUUAACAAUGGUUAGUUUUGAACCAGUUAUAUCAGAAAUCAAAUCAAAUAAUAUUUCAUUUGUUAAAUCUAACAAAGUUAAGGAGGUUGUUAGCAAAGAAAAUAAAAAGUUAGAAUUAGUUGAUACUGUUGAAAACACGAAAAAUUUUAAUGUUGGCGAGAAGAAUAGAAUAAAGUUGAAAAAAAAAUCAAUAACCAUUGAGACUUCACAAUCAGAUGAGAGUGAAUCUGAUAAACCUUCAACCAGAAUUUCCAAAAACUUAAAUAACCCUAAAAAGAAUAAAACCAUAACUAAACAUACUUCUAUCAAAGACUCUGUGUCCAUAAAUGAAAAACACUUCAUAGAUGAACCUAAAUUUUCUAGUGUUAAAGAAAAUAAACAAAAGUCUGACAAGCUCCAUAAAAAGCAGAUAAUAUCUGAUCAUAGUAUCCCUGAAGAAGUGUCAGAAAAUAUUAUUAAAGUUUCUCACAAAAAGGAAAAUGGAAAGAGAGGAAAGCUGAGCACUAUCACAAUCACUAGUUCUGAAGAUAGUUCACCCAUUGAAAAAAGAAACACAAGAAAAUCUGCUGUACAAAGAAAGAAGAACAACAAAACGAAAGAUUUGGAUUUAAUAGAAAUUAAGGAUGUACCUAUACCUUACAUUUACUUAGAUAGCACAGACUCUCAACUCAGUGAGUCACCAAUAGUUAAGGCUAGAAAAUCUAAAUCAUUGCCUACCACUCAUACGGGCUCAAAGAGAACCCCAGUGAAACCAAUACCAAAUAGCGAAUCUAACUCUGAAGAGAGAUUACGGUCUCCUCCAGAAAUUCCACUGACACCAGAACAGAUUUCAGAGAUAGCAAACCUACACAGUCCUUGCAUCACAACAUCCCGAGGGAAAGAUAAUGCUAGGCGGGAAAUGCAAAAGAAACUUAAAGAAGGUCUUCUCGCCGAACAUAUUGAAUCUAUGGACACUGUCAACCAUUUCCACCGUCAGUUGAAUAUGGAAACAAAUCGGCUGACGGAGAUGGCCGACCACUGGGAACAUAUUUUGGAACAGAAUACGCUGCCUGAUUUUGUUCAGGAGGCAAUACUCGCAGCGGUAGGACAGGCGCGACUACUGAUGUCCCAGAAGUUCCAGCAGUUCGCUGGUCUCGUGGAUCGCUGUGACGCUGCCGACCCGUCCCAGCCGCUGGUGACUCCGGUUGAUCUACAGGGCUUUUGGGAUAUGGUGUAUAUGCAAGUGGAAAACCUAGACGUUCGUUUCGCGAAGUUAGGGGAGAUGCAGGCUCGCGGUUGGGCGCCGGAGGAGAGGCCUCGAGAGAAGAGGCGCAAAGCACCUCCACCGAAAGCAGCCAAACCUGUCACCACCAGCCGUAUUAAGGACAUGAUUGCCGCCGCUCGUAAGGCCAAAAAGGAGCAAGAAGCUCCAGAGAGUAGCAAGACCUUUGAGGCGGGGUUCUUCAGCGUGCAGUCCCCGAUCCGAACUCCGGCGCCGGCCACCCCGAACAAACCCACCACUCUGUUGAAAGCCGUACUCUCCAGCGAGGCGAAGAAGGCGUCUGCUUCUAAGAAUGCCGCUUCUUACGCGAUGCUACGGGCGUCAAUGAUCGGAAAGAACAUAGAUCCGGAAUAUGAUGCCAGCAGUUUGGAUUUAAUACAAUUUACACCCAUAAACCUAAAAGCAACACCCGGCCGCAGUAUCCUCAAGUCUGGGGCCAAAAAUGCCCGCAAAUCUCUUAAAGUGGUCCUCUUCGAUAGUUCCGAUACCAACCCUCUAGAUUCUUCUCUCGAUAAAGACAUCAGCGGCAUCAAGAGACUCGAAAGUGAAGACUCACCGAGUUCAGAACUGGAAAACCCUCGAGAGAUGGAGAAUCAAGAUAAAGAAACGACCGAAGACGAUGAAGAUGUAAAAGAGAGUACGGAAGAGUCAAUCGGAAAAGAGAACGUAGACGGGUCUAUGAUAAAGGAAAAUGACGCGUCCGAGGAGGCCGAAAUUAAAAAGACCAAAAGAGGGCGGAGUCCUAGAAUCGUCCGACAGGACGCCGUCGAUUUCAGCCCGGUGAAGACGCGAAGUGGAAGAAAAUCCGAAAAUCUCAGAAAGGACGUACUUCAAGAAGCAAACAUUAACACGCCGAGACGGUCCUUAAGGAGAAAAUCCAUGAUGGCUGAAAAGUAAUUCGUCUCCAAGUCCAUCAUUUCUCCUCUUUUGGUGGAAGAUACGAAACGUUGUUCCUUGAAUUAAUUCUUAUGACCAAAAAUCUAUGGACGUUAGUUAAAGUAGAUUUUUAAGUCAGAAUAGCCAAUAAUUAUGUUUAAUUAUAAUUUGGUUUUACUGAUGAAUAGUGAAACUCUUUUUAGGUAUUUUUAUUAAGCUUCGAAUAUUAACAAUGUACGUAAUUAACACACAUCAAUCUUUCCUUAUCAUGCCAUUUUCUAUCUUCUCAAAAUUAUUCAUUUUGAUAUUUUUGUAUUUGUAUGUUUAUACUUAUGACACUGGACCGAUUAUACAAUUAUUUCACAAUUAAAAGUAGUUAGUAGUCUAUAUCAUCCAAAAUAUAUGAAUAUUCUGGAAAUAAAUAUGCUUUGCCGCGGGAAGUUAAAUGUAAUCAUUGGUUUUAAAAAUAUGUAAAUAAAGGAUUUUUGUCGUUUUUAUUAAA